CUGGCAGGUCGGACACAGGAUUUGUAUAUUUCAUACUAAACUAUCAGAGGACAUGAUCGGACCCUGAACGCACCACGACCACUGUCAGCAGGAGAAGAUGACGCGCUCACUGCAGGACGAAUGUGAGGAGGUGUGCAGUCCAGACCAGGACCAGGAUCAGGACCAGGAUCAAGACCAGGAGCACAUGGAGGAGCCCCGAGGGGAAGACGAGGAGGGAGAGGAGGAGGGAGAAGAAGAAGACCCCGAGGAGGAGGAGGAGGACGAGGGAGAGGACGGGGAUGAGCGGCCCAAGCGCAGAGGGCCCAAGAAGAAAAAGAUGACCAAGGCUCGGCUGCAAAGGUUUAAGAUCCGACGUAUGAAAGCUAAUGCUCGCGAGAGGAACCGGAUGCACGGCCUGAAUGAUGCACUGGAAAGCUUGAGGAAGGUGGUGCCGUGCUACUCCAAGACCCAGAAGCUGUCCAAGAUUGAGACUCUGCGCCUGGCCAAGAACUACAUCUGGGCCCUCAGCGAGAUACUGCGCUCAGGGAAAGCCCCAGACCUCAUGAGCUUUGUGCAGGCUCUGUGCAAAGGUCUGUCCCAGCCCACCACUAACCUGGUGGCCGGCUGUCUGCAGCUGAACCCUAGAACCUUCCUUCCGGAGCAGGGUUCAGAGCUGCCUCAUCUGGCCCCGGGACCCGCCUACACUGGGGCAUACUCGUACCAGAGCCCAGGCCUGACCCCCGGCCUGCCCAGCCCACCUUAUGGCACCAUGGAGCCUCCACACAUCUUCCACCAGGUCAAAGGUCAACCGUACGGCCCCCUGGAGCCCUUCCUAGACCCAGGCUUCGAUGGUCCUCUCAGCCCCCCCCUCAGUGUCAAUGGCAACUUCCCCCCCUCCUUCAAACACGAAGGGACAGAUUACCCGUACGGAGGGCACUAUGGCGCGGUGGGCGGGACUCUGUACGGGCCAGGGGGCGGCGCCAACACUGACACCAUCAUGCCCUUUGACGGACAUCCGCACGAGCGAAUCAUGAACGUCCAAAUGAAUGCCAUUUUCCAUGACUCAUGAGGGGUGGGGCCUGGGCCGAGCUUGUUCAGUGAGGCGUCUGCAGACAAUCUGAGCAGAAAUAUAUAAAAAAAAAAAAAUAUGAAAAAUUAAACUAAAUCGUGACAAAGAUGGAGAAGCAUGCAUCCACUGUUAGGACUGCAACUGUACCAGCGUUUUACUACAGCAGUGGUGGAGGGAUGUACUUUACUUCUACUUUUUCCCAUGCAUUGUCUCUCAUGCAGAAGCAGCUCUUGAGGUCAAAAUUAGCCCACUGUGUACUGUCUACAUCUGCAUUGUGAAGUGUUUAUUUUCCAAGAUUCAGGAAGUACGCUGGUGGUAUGCCAGUUGUUGUUAGCACCGUCAUGGCAAAUCUUCGCUCUGGUCUUUGAGAAUUGUGAAAAGUGCUUAUAAACUCAUCAUGGUGAAUAAUUAGGAUGCUCAGAAUGCAUGAG